GAAUCUGUAUGGCUCUCUGUCGGGAAUUUGCAAUCUGGAGAAGCUGGAAGUAUUGGAUCUCAGUUUCAAUGAUGUACGCGGUGACGUGCCAGCUUGUUUGUGGAAUAUGUCACAACUUCGGUCUCUGGACUUGUCCAACAACUUGAACCUCGGGAUGGAGGGUCUCCCAGCCAGUGCUUCUGUGACUCUGCUUCAAAAUCUGGCGCUCUCGAACUUGCAACUAUCUGGAUCGCUGCCUGCGUGGCUGGGCAGUCUACACCAGCUUGAAGAGCUCGACUUAUCUUUUAACAAUAUUGCGGAUCUUCCUUCUUCAGUUGGUAAUUUGUCAAGCUUAAGGACUUUGAACUUGAAGCACAACAAAUUAACACAGAUUCUAGCCUCCAUCGAUGGACUGUUAAGCAUUGUGAAGAUGGACUUAUCUGAGAAUUUCCUGACAAGUGUGCCAAGUUCAUUGAGCAAAGCUGUCAGACUAGAAAUUCUCAACCUGAAUUCCAACUGUCUAUCAGCUAUUCCUCCCUCUUUGGGAAACCUUCAGUCGUUGAGAAAGCUGCUUUUUGCCUACAAUCUCUGUACCGACCUCCCGUCUUCUUUAGGUGCUCUGGGUAGCCUCGACGAGCUCGAUGCCUCGGACAAUAAACUGGUUGGAUCAUUCCCCGCAUUUGUACAAAAUAUGACCAGUCUGGAGAUACUGAAUCUGGCUGGUAACUAUCUCAGCGGAGAUAUACCCACAUUCGUCUACUCCGGCUCAGGGUUUCGACUUCACAGUCUGAAUGUUUCCAGAAACUCCUUCAAAGGAAGCGUGCCAGAUUUUUCCUGGGGUAAUUAUUAUGCCAUUCUGGACCUAGCUCAUAAUUUGUUUACGGGUGUCCUCCCUCCACUGAAUAACUGCACCUUCAGUCUGCUCCGACUUUCCAGCAACAGUCUGAAUGGUGGCAUUCCGCUGUCCUGGGGAAACAGCACUGGCUUGCAAAUGCUCGAUGUAUCCAACAAUCGGUUGAGAGGGUCUGUUCCUGGAUUCUUUGGGUUAAUGAAGCUGUUGGAGGUUUUUGAUUUGUCUCAUAAUUUAUUUUCAGGCACUCUGCCUUCUAGUCUGGGUAAUUGCAACAAACUUCAGAGGAUGAGACUUGGGGACAACCCACUCAUGACAGGACCUAUCCCUGCCACAAUGUGCAGUCCAGGAGGUUCGCUGCUGACAUUGUCCUUGGCUUACAGCAACUUUGUGGGUACUUGACUUGUCUAAAAACAGUUUCGUAGGGGAGCUGCCCAGAG